AUGGCGGACCAAACGAUAAGCCUCGUCGACCACACGUCCAACGGCGACAACACGCCUACUACGGCUGCACAACCUGAACAGCCAUCGACCUCAUCAGACUCGCACAUCGAUAUCCUCUAUGAGAACCAGCGCGGUUGGUUCAUAUUCGGCAUACCGCUAUUCUCGAACAAGGCGCUGUGGAACCUACGAAUCGACCCUGCGCCCUGGCAGGAUGCCAAGUUCAGGCCAUCUGCCGUCAAUAUCACAAAUGCACAAGUUCCAGAUCCAAGUUGGGUAUGGGACUGGAAGAGCUGGUAUGUCGACAUGAGUCUGGAUGUCGAUGAAGAGGGUUGGCAGUACAGUCUGCUGUUCAAAGGCUCAGCCUGGCACGGCAACCACCCUUGGUUCCACAGCUUCGUUCGGCGGCGACGCUGGCUACGGAGACGGGUGAAGCAGAGGCUACCACCCAAGACCAAGGAGAACGCAAAGGAACGCAUGUUUGGCGAAACCUUCAGCAUCGGCACUACAUUGGUCAGGUCGACGACCUUUGGUACCAACAGCGGCUUGCUAGACAGUGCUCAGACAAGUCUGGACGAGGAAAUCAGGGAUAUUGCCACACUCAUGAGGAAAUUGAAGAAAGCUGCUAUCGACCGAGAGAAGAUAAUUUACAUACACAAAUUCAUCGACGAUGGGGGCGAGGAACUGCACUACCUUGCAGGACAGAUGCCGUCCAUCAUGUCGAUGCUUAUCUUCCAGAAUUCCCGUCGCCAACUCCUCUCCACACUUAUGGACCGCUUCGAAGCCGCUAAAGACCACCGUGAACAGCACAAGAAAGACUCGAAGCCGGAAGGGGAAGCCGAAGAACGCAGGAUCAAUAACCUACUCAAGGCCAUCGAGGCAGCUGAUAACGAGUGCAAGAAGCUCGAGUACUGGAGCGACAUCAAGAAUCUUACCGAGGAGGGCAAAGCGGGUAAUGCGACAGAUCCCAGUAUGGGAUGGGAUGAGGAGAAGUGGCAGGGUCUUGAUGCUAGCGGCGCCAAGCAUCCCGAGACUUGA